AUAAACCGGGUGACAGAGUCAGAAAACUCCCCAGCUAAACACCCAUAAGACUUCAUACAACACAAUACUCUAUAUUGUGAUGAUCACAGCAGCCAAGGCUACCUAAAAGAAGACAGUUAUCUCAUAUUUGGCUGCCAGCUUUUUAUCUUUCUCUCAACCACUUAAAACUUCAGACUUCCUCUCCUGCUGGUAUCAUGGAGAAAGUCCAAUACCUCACUCGCUCAGCUAUAAGAAGAGCCUCAACCAUUGAAAUGCCUCAACAAGCACGUCAAAAUCUACAGAAUCUAUUUAUCAAUUUCUGUCUCAUCUUAAUAUGUCUCUUGCUGAUCUGUAUCAUCGUGAUGCUUCUCUGAAGUUCUGCUACCACCUCUAGAUCUGCAACUUGCCACAUCAGCUUAAAAUCUGUCAUCCCAUGCAGACGGGAAAACAAUACUGUAAAAUAGACCACUUCCUGAGUAGAAGAGUUUCUUUGUGAAAAGGUCAAGAUUAAGACUAAAACUUAUUGUUAGCAAACGUAUUCAUCUGCUGGAUCUUGUAAACAUGAAAAGGGCUUUAUUUUCAAAAAUUAACUUUAAAAUAAGUGUAUAAAAUGUAACUGUUGAUUUCCUCAACAUGGCUCACAAAUUUGUAUCCCAAAUCUUUUCUGAAGAUGAAAUAAGAGUUUAGUUUUGAAACUGCACUGCCAACAAGUUCACUUCAUAUAUAAAGCAUUAUUUUUACUCUUUUGAGGUGAAUAUAACUUAUAUUACACUGUAAAAUCUUCUUUAAUACUAAGUAUUUUUCAGGUCUUCACCAAGUAUCAAAGUAAUAACACAAAUGAAGUGUCAUUAUUCAAAACAGUCCACUGACUCCUCACAUCUGUUAUCUUAUUAUAAAGAACUCUGUAGUAACUCUUUGUAGUAACAUUCUAAAACAGAAAUUGCAUUUUUGCUAUGCCACAUUAACAUUUUUUAAAGUUGAUGAGAAUCAAGUAUGGAAAAGUAAGGCCAUACUCUUACAUAAUAAAAUUACUCUUAAGUAAUUUUUUCAAAGAAUCACAGAAUUCUAGUACCUGUAGGUAAACCAUAAAUCUGUUCUAAGACAUAUGAUCAACAGAUGAGAAUUGGGGGUUAAUAUGUGACAGUGAGAUUAGUCAUAUCACUAAUAUACUAACAGAAUAGAAUCUAAUCUUCAUUUAAGACACUGUAGUGAAUUAUCUGACCUAGAGUUACCUAGUUUACCACACUGUAUCUUUGGAAUCAUGAAACCUUAAGACUUCAGACUGAUUUUACAGGUUGUCUUCCAUUCCAACCUAACACCCAAUGUAGGCAAGGAAAAUAAUAAAAGAUUCCCAGUGACAAAAAAAAAUAUUAUCUCAAGUAUUUAAAAAAAUAAAAGUAUGAAUUAUCUCUCCAAAUAUUAACUAAUUCUUAGAUUGUAUUUUGAAAUGAACUUGUUGGCCCAUCUAUUACAUCUACAGCUGACCCUUGAAUAUGGGGGUUAGGGGAGCUGAGAAUCCAUGGGUCCGCAAAAUCUUAACUACCUAAUAGCCUACUGUUGACCAUAAACCUUACUGAUAACAUAAACAGUAAAUUAACACACAUUUUGCAUGUUAUAUGUAUUAUACACUGUAUUCCUACAAUAAAGCUAGAGAAAAGAAAAUGUUUAGAACAUCGUAAAAAAGAGAAAAUAUAUUUACUAUUCAUUAAAUGGAAGUGGGUCAACA